AUGCCAAUUACGAUUCAAUAUCUCCAUAAAGAAAUCAAACAAACCAAGCAAGAGAUUUCACUCCUAAAGCAAGAGGGCAAGGCUUUGAAAGAUUCCACUGCUCAUGAUAUUCUUACCCUCAGAAGCCAAAUCCUUUUUCAACAAUCCCAGAUAGAUACCUUACUACCUAAGUCCUCUGCAAAACUUGAACAACAAGUUUAUGAAAAUCCCACCAAGGACAAUGAGACUUACAUCAACCUUCUGACCCAGAUAACAUUUCAGAAAUGGCAUGUUAAUCUAAAAAUUGUCAUCAACAAAGACUAUACCAUUCAUACAGUGGCUCUCAUUUACUCCAGUGCUGAUCUCAAUUGUAUCAAUGAAGGACUUGUCCCUACGAAAUACUUUGAGAAAACCAAAGAACGGCUUCAAGGUGCUAAUGGUUCACGACUCACUGUUCAGUACAAGUUAACCAAAGCCCAUGUUUGUAAUCAAGGUCUUUGUAUUAAAACACCUUUCAUCCUUGUCAAAGAUCUCAAUACCCCUGUUAUUUUGGGAACUCCAUUUAUUUCUCUUCUUUACCCAUUCAAAGUUGAUAGCCAAGGCAUUUCAACAAGUCUAGUUGGACAAGAAAUUUGCUUUCUUUUUGCUCAUCCUAUAGACACCAAUGAUCUUAAUACCAUUAAGGAUUCCUGUGUUACUCAAGUCCCUGCUGUCAACAGGAUUGAAAGCAAAACAAAGCAUUUAAACUUUCUCAAACAAGAACUAAUCUUCAAACAGAUUGAAGAACGACUCAGUCAAAAAAGUCUCCAAGACUCUAUUCAAAGGUUCAGAUUAAGACUUGAAAGUCAGGUUUGCUCUGAUCUCCAAAACGCUUUUUGGCACAGAAGACAACACAUUGUUGAAUUACCUUAUCAAAAAUCUUUCAAUAAAAAGGAUAUCCCUACCAAAGCCCGUCCUAGCCAAAUGAGUCAAGAACUUCUUAAUUACUGUAUGAAGGAAGUACAGGAAUUAUUAAACAAAUCCCUCAUCCAAAAAAGCCGUUCCCCAUGGAGCUGUGCCGUUUUCUAUGUCCAAAAGAAUGCUGAAAUAGAAAGAGGUGUUCUCAGAUUAGUUAUCAAUUACAAGCCCCUCAAUGAAGUUCUUCAAUGGAUCAGGUAUCCCUUGCCCAAUAAAAAGCACCUAAUCCAACGUCUCGUUCAUGCAACCGUUUUUUCAAAGUUUGAUCUCAAGUCAGGAUUUUGGCAAAUCCAAAUUGCUGAAAAAGAUAGAUACAAAACAGCUUUCACGGUUCCUUUUGGCCAUUACGAAUGGAAUAUGCUCAUUGGAAACAUCUCAAUGUUUUUUCUCAAACCAUCAAGCAUAAUGGAUUAG